CAGGCCCCUUGGUAGCAGAUUCUCACAAUGUAUCCGUCCAUGACUUCCUGGACGGGGAAGGCUGGACGAGGUGGCGAGAUGUUCUGUAGCUGCUGACAUCAUAUCACUUCCUGGAGACUAGAGGCACAAGAGGAGGUCUUUAAAGAAAAGCAUUGUGAACCUCUUUCCCCCCACCAAUAAGACGAAUAUCAUAAUAAAAGAGUUCACGGAUUCAGCUCUGAUAAAGUGGAUUGCAAAUUUAUCUGAAAGAAGACGACGAAUUCCAGGCAACAGAACUAGAGGACGAUCCCAGCCACUGUGGAUACUGUCGGUCAGCAGUCUCGACAUACACUCCUUCUCAGGUGACACAGCCCCUCUGCAGCUCUCCAUUGGCUCUGGAGGAGGAUCAAGGAGACCAUUCUGCGAAUGGGAUGAAUAUGCUGCUGUGGGUCAACGGGCUCCUGAAUUACAGCCUCUGAACCCCCUGUGCAGCUGUGGACCCAGAAAACUCAUCUGAUGCCCCACUCCGCAGCUUGAUCUUGGGGGUAUUCCCUUCUUUUUCUUCGGGGGUGGGGGGUGGCCCUGACAGAGUUAAAAAAAUAUUCUUCAAAGUGGAGUACCGUAAACUUGAUAUGGACAGCAAAAAAAAGGACAAAGACAAACCCGACGAAAGGAUGCCACGACCGAGUGGCCGGUCGGGACACACUCCCCGGGGUACUGGCUCCAGUUCAGGGGUCCUCAUGGUCGGACCCAACUUCCGAGUGGGCAAGAAGAUAGGAUGUGGAAACUUUGGAGAACUUAGAUUAGGUAAAAAUCUGUAUACAAAUGAAUAUGUGGCAAUUAAGCUGGAACCAAUGAAGUCCAGGGCACCACAGUUACACUUGGAAUAUAGAUUCUACAAGCAGUUAGGAUCAGGAGAUGGGAUACCUCAGGUUUAUUAUUUUGGGCCAUGUGGGAAAUACAAUGCAAUGGUGCUGGAGUUGCUGGGACCCAGUCUGGAGGAUCUUUUUGAUCUCUGUGACAGGACAUUUUCGCUAAAAACUGUUCUCAUGAUAGCGAUACAGCUUAUCACAAGAAUGGAGUAUGUACACUCAAAGAACUUGAUAUACAGAGAUGUUAAACCAGAGAACUUCCUAAUAGGAAGGCCGGGUAGCAAAAACCAGCACAUCAUUCACAUCAUAGAUUUUGGCCUUGCAAAAGAAUACAUAGAUCCGGAGACUAAGAAGCACAUCCCUUACAGAGAACACAAGAGCCUUACAGGAACAGCACGAUACAUGAGUAUAAAUACACACCUAGGAAAAGAACAAAGUAGAAGAGAUGACCUGGAAGCCUUAGGUCACAUGUUUAUGUAUUUUCUCAGAGGCAGCCUUCCUUGGCAAGGCUUAAAGGCAGACACUUUAAAAGAAAGGUAUCAGAAAAUCGGUGACACAAAAAGGGCAACGCCAAUAGAAGUCCUUUGUGAAAGUUUUCCAGAGGAGAUGGCGACCUACCUACGAUAUGUGAGGAGGCUGGACUUCUUUGAAAAACCUGAUUAUGACUAUUUGCGGAAGCUCUUCACAGACCUGUUUGAUCGGAAAGGUUUUAUGUUCGAUUACGAGUACGACUGGGUUGGGAAACAGCUUCCCACUCCUGUCGGUCCAGUUCACACGGAUGCUGCGCUGUCCUCCUCAAACAGAGAUCCACAUAGAGAUAAAACUCAGCAAGCCAAAAAUCAGUCGACAGACCACAGGGCAGCUUGGGAGCCCCAGCAGGCCAAUCCCCACCAAUUGAGAGCUCACCUUGCAGCUGACAGACAUGGUGGCUCGGUACAGGUGGUGAGUUCAACCAACGGGGAGCUGAACACGGACGACCCCACUGCUGGACACUCGAACGCACCCAUCACUGCACCCCCAGAAGUAGAAGUAAUGGAUGAGACAAACUGCCAGAAAGUGUUGAACAUGUGGUGCUGCUGCUUUUUCAAGCGAAGAAAAAGGAAAACAAUUCAGCGCCACAAAUGACUCUGGAGGCGAACAGACAAUGGGGAAUUACUGACAUGUUCAUCUGCGGCCUCCUGAUCACAGAAAUCAUCUCGGCGGUGACAAAGCAACCAAGAAAGCAUUCUCAAAGGGUUCCUCCUUAGACAUUACAUGGCGUAUCCUUCGGUUUAGUUGUCUACAGAUAUGAUUUUUUAAAAGUAUUUUUAUUCUGCCCAGUCCUCUGGAAGCUUUAAAGAUUCUUUCAAACAUAUCUAUUUAUUUUGAAAUUUAAAACCGAAAAAUUAAGGGUCACGCUGUCCCUGGCAUUUGCCAAAUCUUUUUUUUUUAAAGUAAAGUUGAAAUGGAGAAUAUUUUUUUUUUUCCCCAGUCAUAUAUGGAAUGAUACAGGGAAGUCCAGAGAUGGAAUAAUGCAUUUCAUUGAUCAUCCUGCAAAGGACAUGGAUUUUGCAUUAGCUGCAGGGUUGGAAGUUUUGACUGCAGAGGACCUUCCCAUGAGAAGAGAUGAAAAAAGAGAAAUGUGCUGUCUUAUUCUGACCAAUUUAGAGAUUAUUUUUUCUCAUUCUUUGGGGUUUUCCUUUUUUUUACAAUAACUGCACUGAUUUUUUUCCCCUUUCUAGUAUUAAUGAUGGUACUGUACUUGUGUUUGGGUGUAGCAGUACAUUCUUCUUUCUGCAAUACAGUUGGUACAGCCACUGUCCAGAGGUACCUAUGAAGGAGUGAACAGAUACUAUGAUGUAGUGUUUUAUUUUUAGCAGAUGACAGAUCUGAGUGCGUUUGGUGGAGUACAUACAACAUCCGAUGGCCAUGAAUUCAUGAGUGCUCCUGCCUCUGAAGUACCUCAGAUGGGGAUCCAGUGUAGUAGAAACAGCAGCAUGUGCUUGUUCAAUAUUACAAAGUGUUUGUAUUAUGUAAAUUGUGCUUCCUGAAGAAUUUUGUGGGGAUAGAAAGACACAGUAUGUAAUCAGAGAGGAGCGUGCUUGAGACUUGAAAAUAAAUUAACACAAUUAUGUUUUAGGGAAGUUUGGAUUCAGAGUUAAAAAAGGGACAUUGUGGAUCAUCGAUGAAUGUAUAUCUGGACAAUGCUGGGGUAGUGUAUAGACCAAAAUAUCUUUUAAAAACUGGAGUUUAUACCUGUUGCUGGACAACAAUGAUUACCCUCCAUUAGAUGACAGCCUGGAUGUGCCAUGAAAUGGUGUUUAAAUCUGCCUGUACAAUUAUCUGUGCUUUGGUUUAUGGUAUGUUAGGAAGAAUAAUGGAGAUAGGUCAGACAAUACUGCCUUGUGCAUACAAUAGAUAUAGUACCAGUGCUAUACUCUUAAACCUUUGACGCUGCCAGAUAGAGAUUUCAUAUGACUGUCAGAGGUGUCACAAAAGAGACAGCCUGGUACCCCCCCCCCCCCACAUACAGUCCCUAGAAGUGCCUGCAUUACGAACAAACCAGCUCUUGUAUAAUAAAAGGCCAUUCAUUCCACUUUCCAUUCUGUGCUUUCAGUCAGAUAAUAAUGGCGAAGGUGUGCUUGGAGGACUUUUUUCUUGAGGAAAACGAGAUGAAAAAUACUUCAGUAAUGGAGAGCACCACAGGGGGGAAGAAAACAGAUUUUACAGGGAUAUAUGUACAACAUUUUGAGAGAUGUAGUGCUUUCUGCCCAGUCAACAUUGCUGCAUUGAGCCAUUAAAGUCAUAGCAGAAAAAAGUUAUCGUCGUGAACGCACACCUCUUAAGUUCAUUAUGUUUAGGUUGCAGGUGUCUCUUUUGUUUUGUUUUUGUUUUAUCUGUCAGUCACAGAAAUUACUGGCUGAACAGAUCACUUGGAAUUGUGUGCAUUAACCUGUAAUUUGAUACCUUGGCAUUCUCUGUACCAUUUCCUCUAAGAAUUUCUACUUCCAGAUAUCUUGCGUUGCUUUGUUUUCUGUCCUACGGAGUGCUCUCUUGUAACCUUUGAUCCAAAAUGUUGCAACUAGCUCAUUUAAUAUUAAAAAUGUCUUAAGAGAUCAAUUAUUAUGUAAAAUUCCAUUCUAUGGGCUUCAAAAAUAAAGGUCUGGGGAGCUUGUCGCACUGCACUGAAAACACCUCAGUCUCUGUAGUAAUUUGACCAAAUCCUUAUUUUAACCUCUAUUUCUGUGUAAAUGUGUGAAGUAUGAUUUCUGUAUUCCUAAAAUCGUACAUAGUUCACUUUUUUCGUAGGACCUCCUCUUUGCCUGUGCAGUGUUUAUACAGUCUGGACUUUUCACAGGUACCAAGCUGUGUGCGUGUGUACAAUUACUGCAGUUAUGGACUGUAACCUUAAGGAAGUUAAACCUUUUCAUUUUGCUGCAGUGGAGGCCAGUGCAUAUAGACUUGCUUGUUACCAAUAUUUAAGUAAUGCGUUUGUAUGACCUGGAUUUUUAAUUUUAUUUUGUAUGUUUUUUUUUUCUGGCAUUUCAUACUGGUCCUAAAGGGGGUAUUGCAGCCAUGUUGGGUUUAGACCGACAAUAUUGUGCAUUCAUUGCUUUCCUAUUCAUACUAAUGAAGUCAACUUUGCCUGACUGUCUAAGUAAUGUAAUACAUCCCUGUUUAAGAAUAUGUAACUGAGGAAAAAUUAAUAAAAGUAGUUUUUUUAAUA